CCUCCAUCUUCAUUAUGACCAAAUGUGACCUGUCUCAAUCUAGCAAUAGAUUCAUACUUUCAGUGAUUAUCUAAUUUGCUAAGAAAUGUCUAUAUAAUAGGAAGUGCCAUACAAUGCCUAUACAAACCGAAUUGAAGAAUACCUGAGGCAGCAGCGCCAUAGGCUCACUUCUUACCUUACAUUCUCUACGAAAAGAAUGGAUGGAAAGCAGAGAUUAACGGUUGCUGAUGCUGUGGACUACAAAGGGUGUCCGGCAAACCGGUCUAAAACCGGUGGUUGGGUCCCGGCUGCUCUUGUUGUAGGGAUUGAACUAUGCGAAAGACUUUCAACAAUGGGAAUAGCUGUAAAUCUGGUGACUUACUUGGUGGGAACAUUGCAUCUACCUAGUGCAAAUUCAGCCAACAUUGUCACAGAUUUCAUGGGCACAUGUUUCCUUCUUUCCAUGCUUGGGGGUUUUCUGGCAGAUUCUUUCCUAGGAAGAUAUAAGACAAUAGCAAUCUUUGCCUCAAUACAGACACUGGGAACUGGAACUCUAGCAGUAAUAACAAAGUUACCACAACUACAUCCACCUCCUUGCCAUCCUAUUGCCAGCAAGAACUGCAAGCAAGCAAAUGGGUUUCAAAUGGGAAUGAUUUAUUUGCCUCUGUAUAUAAUUGCUCUAGGAACUGGGGGUAUCAAAUCCAGUGUUUCGGGAUUUGGGACCGACCAAUUUGAUGAGAAAGAUGAUAAGGAGAAGGCUCAAAUGGCGUAUUUCUUCAACAGAUUUUUUUUGUUCGUCAGCAGUGGGACUUUGUUAGCUGUGACAGUGCUUGUUUACUUGCAAGAUGAAGUGGGCCGCAGUUGGGCUUAUGGAAUUUGUUCAGUUUCAAUGUUCACAGCAAUUUUAAUAUUUCUAUGUGGUACUAAGAGAUACCGAUACAAGAUAAGCAUGGGAAGUCCGAUAGUUCAUAUCUUCCAAGUUCUUGUUGCAGCAAUAAACAAGAGGAAGAUGGAACUUCAACUCAAUGCUACUUUGCUAUAUGAAGAUUCUGCUGCAACCUCAAGAAUUGAUCACACAAAUCAAUUCCAAUUUCUAGACAAGGCUGCAAUUGUUGCAGAUGGAGAUUUUGAGAAAUCUGUAAGCUCAGCUCCCAAUCCCUGGAAGCUCUGUUCAGUAACGAGGGUAGAGGAGGUAAAGAUGAUGAUGAGACUGCUCCCAAUAUGGGCCACAACCAUAAUCUUCUGGACCACAUAUGCUCAGAUGAUCACUUUCUCAGUGGUUCAGGCAUCCACAAUGGAAAGAUCAUUAGGAAAUUUCAAAAUCCCUGCCGGCUCUCUACCUGUUUUCUUUGUGGCAGCCAUUUUGAUCACGCUAGCCUUUUAUGAUCGUCUUAUUAUGCCUCUUUGGAAGAAAUGGAAAGGGCAACCAGGUUUUACAAACCUACAAAGGAUUGCCAUAGGUCUUAUCCUGUCAACUUUCGGAAUGGCAGCUGCAGCUUUGGUUGAGAUGAAACGGCUCUCAGUGGCUAAAGCUGUGGGUAGGUCCACUGCAACUUUGCCUUUAAGUGUGUUCCUACUUAUUCCUCAGUUUUUCUUGGUGGGUUCUGGAGAAGCUUUCAUCUAUACAGGCCAGCUUGAUUUCUUCAUAACACAAUCCCCAAAGGGAAUGAAAACUAUGAGCACCGGCCUCUUCCUCACAACUUUGUCACUUGGGUUCUUUGUUAGUAGUUUUCUGGUUGCAGUUGUGAAGAGCGUGACCGGGAGCAUGGAUGGACAGGGAUGGCUUGCAGACAACAUAAACUAUGCUAGGCUCGAUUGUUUCUAUGGACUUCUUACCAUAUUAAGUACCAUAAAUUUUGUAGCAUUUUUAGUUUGUGCAAUAUGGUACAAGCCACAGAAACCCAAACAACUUCUUGAGAUGGAAACUAGUACAAAUGGGGGAUCUGGAGCUGAGAAAUGCUAGUAAACUAAGCUAGAUUUUGGAUUUAUUCAUUUUGUUUCUUGUAUUCCACAUUACUCCAAAGUGUGGAUUGGUAUGGGUGGAGCAGUAAUAAGUACUCUUUUUAUCAAAAUAACUAAGUACUCUUGAGUUUUGAUUGACUAGGGAUCAUUUUGUAAGGAUAAGCAGCAGAUCUCAGUUUCAAUGGAUAUUUUCUUAUUGAGUAUACUAAA